ACUCUUCAGGGAUGAUGUCAUGUUUUCGAGUACGCAACCUGCAACAUCCGGGUCCUUUCUCAGUGGCUCUGUGCUCCCCAGAAGCUAACGUUAGCUAGCAAGCUGUCAAGCUGUCAAGCGGAGAGGCUGGGACAGACGUUUCAGCUUCCCCCUGGCUUGGCCACUGAAAGCUCCGGUCCACAAAUUUACAAGAACAACUGUUAGAACAUACUUUAGAUCGCCAGCUGAGAUAAUGUAAUGCAACACGGGCGUACGCCAAAAGGGACCUCCGCACUCAUACAAUUUACAUGCACUGAGUCUUCUGUGACGAUUGCUCAUUGCUAGCUAACUGGCUAGCUAGCCUAGCGAAACCGCCGCAAACCCCCUAGUUUCGUCGGUGUACCCUUUCGAGUGUGAACUGCGGGCAGUCAGUCCUGGUCACUGUCGCAGCUUCCGUUGCUGUCAAGCGGUAUUUUGGAAAUUUGGUUUUAAGAGGGACACAAUGGGUGCAUUUCUGGACAAACCAAAGAUGGAAAAAUAUAAUUCCCAUGGUGAGGGUAACAACCUGAGGUAUGGGCUGAGCAGCAUGCAGGGUUGGCGGGUAGAGAUGGAAGAUGCACACACAGCAGUAAUUGGUCUGCCUCAUGGUCUCGACCUCUGGUCAUUCUUUGCCGUUUAUGAUGGGCAUGCUGGCUCCCAGGUGGCCAAGUACUGCUGUGAGCACCUGCUGGAGCACAUCACCAGCAACUCAGACUUCCAGAGUGCUCUGCAGGAGGCUCCGUCUGUGGAUAGUGUGAAGAAUGGGAUCCGCACAGGAUUCCUGCAGAUUGAUGAACACAUGCGAACCAUCUCCGAGAAGAAGCACGGUGUGGACCGCAGUGGCUCCACAGCAGUGGGAGUGAUGAUUUCUCCGAACCAUAUCUACUUUAUCAACUGUGGCGACUCACGGGGACUCCUCAGCCGAGGAGGAACUGUGCAUUUCUUCACACAGGAUCACAAACCCAGCAACCCUCUGGAGAAGGAAAGGAUCCAGAAUGCUGGUGGCUCAGUCAUGAUCCAGCGAGUUAAUGGGUCCCUAGCUGUCUCUCGGGCAUUGGGAGACUUCGACUACAAGUGUGUGCAUGGAAAAGGCCCGACAGAGCAGCUUGUUUCUCCUGAGCCUGAAGUUUAUGCAAUAGAGAGAUGUGAGGGCGAAGAUGAAUUCAUUAUACUAGCUUGUGAUGGCAUUUGGGAUGUCAUGGCCAAUGAGGAACUGUGUGACUUUGUCAGGUCAAGGCUAGAGGUAACAGAUGAUCUUGAAAGAGUCAGCAAUGAAAUUGUUGACACCUGCUUGUACAAGGGAAGCCGGGACAAUAUGAGUGUUGUGUUAAUCUGCUUUCCUGGGGCUCCAAAGGUAUCUCCAGAAGCAGUGAAACGGGAGGCUGAGCUGGAUAAAUAUCUGGAGGCCAGAGUAGAAGAGAUCAUCAAAAAGCAGGGGGAGGAAGGUGCCCCGGAUUUGGUCCAUGUUAUGCGGACGUUAGCAUCUGAGAGCAUCCCUAACCUCCCUCCUGGAGGAGAGCUGGCAAGCAAACGAAGUGUUAUUGAAGCGGUGUACAACAAACUCAACCCCUACCGAAGUGAUGACACAGACUCUGCGUCCACAGACGACAUGUGGUAACACAACCUCCUACCACUAACACAGCAUAGAGUUUACAAACCACCAUCCUCUCAAGACCCACAGCAGCUCAGCUCAGCAGUCUGUCUCGCCGUCACUCUGAGCUUUUGGUUUCUAAGAAGGGAAUUUCAUGGGAGGAGGAGGAGGAAGAGGAGUUGCAUGCACACAAACCUGGAAUAGUGCAGCACCAGUCCACUCUGGAGUUCAGGAUCCUCACCGUCUUGUCUCCCAUUUAUGUUCACCCACCUAAAUACUCUCCUCUAAAGUAAUCCAUAACAAGUGAGUCCACAAGGUUUUCUUUCUUUUUGUUAAAUAAUCAGCUUAUGUAGUAAAUUUUUUUGCUGUAAUUAAUUUGAUUCACAUUUCCUUGUGUGUGUUUGUAUAUUUCUGUUUUUGUGAAGUGCAAUUGUCCUGUACAAACAGCCUGUAUUUAACGCAGCUUGAUUUUAAGUUAAAAAAUGAAAGAAAUGAAAAAGAGAACCUUUUAUGCACUAUCUGCCUUUUCCUGCUCUUCUGGAAUUCUAACAAAUGUCUGUUCAGUGGAUAUUACUGCUUGUCAUCCAGGCACAAUGUCUCUGCGCUUUUACUUUUCUUUCUUUCUUUGUUUUUUCAGUUAGUCUAUCCUCCUUUUUAAGAAACGGGUAAAUUGUAUAGUUGACAGCACAGUAAGCUCUCUAUAUCAAACCAUUUAAAUCCUAAUUAUUUUUUCCCUGUGCUUUUUUAAUUGUAUUUUAUUUUUGUAAGUGGUUUUCUGUACAUGCUCAAAUAAUAAUGGCAAAGUGUUUCUCAGUCAUUUUGGAAGUGUGAAGUGAAAUCUUUUUUUCAUUUCUUUGAGGGGUCUGAUGGAAAAAAAAUACCCCUGUUAGCACGUUUGUCUGUGCGGACAGAUACUUGCAAGCGUGCGUGGGUGCUUGUGUGUAUGUAUGUGCGCACGUGUGUUAGUGUACAGGCAGAUCUGUAAUUGCGACUCCGAUUUAAAUUUGCUGAGGUGGUUCAGACAACAGACCAGGCUGGAGUUUAAGGGAAUUGCCCAUUGCUCACCCAUUGUCUGCCCUUUUUUUCACUCAGUGUUCCAUAUCAACCCAAGAUAGACUCUCACUACAUCUUAUUCCAAAAAGCUUUGGAUAACAGAGUUUACAUGCUGUUACGCUAUUUGAACAACUUCAAGCUAUAUCAGAACUAUACUGUAACCCACGAUGACACAAGUACGUUGGUUCAAUUUACCCAUGGUGUACAAAGUCUUGACUAAUUUACACAUCUGUUGUGUCAUAUUUUAAUAUCACUUUCUAAACAUUCAUUGUUACCAGUUCCCACUGUGGGUGCUAUAUGAUUUAUGAUCACUUGUUUCAGCUUUAUUACAGCCUAUGCCAAGUUUUUUUUUUUUUUUUUUCCCCCCCCAAUAAGAUUCAGUUUUUGUACAUGGUACACAUAGAUUUCUAGCUUCUCCCUUCUAACAUCUGAUAAUUUGACUGAUGUGAACAGUUUAAGCACUGACUGAGAAAAUCACACAUUACUAGUUUGAAGAUAGGAGAAACUGUUGACUUUAAAACUUAAAAGGCUAUUCUUUUCACACAUGGUCUUUAUUGGACUUUAAAACCAAGAACAAAUCUGCUAACUGCAAUGAGUUCUCAUGGUUGUAUAGCACCUUUUUUUUUUUUAAUUCCCGUUGGGUUUGCUCUGCUUAAAACCCUCCCUUACGCCACCACAAGCCAGAGCACAAUACAGUUUGCUGCUAUAAUGUAUGAUCUGUGGGCUCUUUUUUUUUUUCUUUUUUUUUUUUCCAGUUAAUUCCCCCCCUGAAAACAGUCAUUGACUAAAUUAACUCUAUCUAACACACACACAUUUGAGAUAUUUCUUGAAGAGAAAUGGUUUUAUUUCAGAUUUAUUUUUUGCUAUUCUUUUGUCUAAAAUUGCAUUGUUGGAAAUUUAUGUAUGUAUAUAUUUUUGACUUAAACUUUCAAGGAAUAAAUCAUGUUGCUUGAGUUAGUUUUUUGCUAUGGACAAAAUGUGAUUCUGGUUUGUCUUGGGAUGGCUAGUUGAAUUUUUGUGUGUUUUGGCAAACAAGGGGUUCCCUCUAAUCACUUUGGUGUCCUUCUGAUCAACACUGAGGGUUUCAUUUAUAUAAUACACAAUAAUAAUGUACUAAAUCUGUAAUUCUUCAUUUAUCAAAAUGACAAUCCUAACUAUUUCACCACUUUUAGGUUUGUGGUGGGUAGCAAAUUAUAAAAUCUUUAACUUUGACUAUAAUCCUAAAUUAGCUGCUUCCUAAUAUUUUUUUUGUGGCAAAAAGGCCAAAGACCGCUCAGAUUGUGUAAUUGCAAAGUCUAAGGUAUUAGAGAGCAACUUUAUUUUGAAAUUUUUAGUUGCCGUUAGUUAGUUUUUUAAAGGUACUCUGUGGAGUUUUUGACCACUGGUAGUGCUGUAGAGAAAUGUUUUGAUGAGCGGGUCCUCGCUCUACUAGCACGUGCACAAGGAUGAACAUACAAGACAAGCACAUGGGGGUGACAUGAAACAUACUGCUGCUGACUGCAGGAGGCAGUAAUUUGUGUAUCAACACUUGGUGUCAUGGCAAUGUGGCAUGAAAGUGCCAAUGAACCAACUGAAGACCAUAGAACCAUACGCUGAUGUAGAAAGUGAAGGUGUCAAGACAUUUAAAAAGAAAUGCUAUGAAAAUGUUAUGUUAGGUAUGGAAAUGUUUGUUAGACCUUAAAGACAAUGUUGUAAGCAAUAUUUAAUGUGUUUAAACCUAACUGUGUGUUUACAGUGGAAACUCCAUAGGGUACCUUUAAACAGUCAUCUUACAAAAAACAUGAAUUACAGUCAUUCAGUAUAUUUCCUGUUAAAGUGGUAGCUAACUCGACUGUAAACAUGUCAGAUAGGGAAAUUGACUACUUUAAUUGUUUGUUGGCAUGAAAAUUUGGUUUCACUGAAUAUUCCUUCCAAUGAAAAAACAAAAUUUGCACCAAAAAAGAAACAGCAGAACAGUAAAAUGUCUUUCAAUUCACAUCUUUUUGGUUUUAAGAUUAUAGGAUUGUAUUUCUACUACAAUACUUACCCAUACUUGUAUACCUACUGUACUCACAUCAUGUAAAAUUAAAACUCAGUUUAUUAGUGCAUAUGAAAAUUUUUAAUUUAGGUAAGCAGUUUCUAUUUAAUCUGUAAGGCUUUUUAUUUUGCGCUGCAUUGCCUGUAUUUGUUAAGUGAGUGCACUAAAUGUCUCUCUUAUCGAACAGUUCUUAGCACCCAGCUGCUUGUUGCAAACCUGGUAGGUGUUGAUUAUUCUUAAAGCAACACUUCAUGCAAUUUCUCUUCAAGCUUAAUAAAGAACAAACAUAUUUCCUUAGAUCUUGAGGCCACUGAUGCCCCCAACCCCCAUGGACUGUAUUGUAUUUUUCCCCAGAAAUUGUACAAAUCAUGAUGUGGCCCUUACAUGAUGCUGGUUAAUUACCCAGUUUUAUAACAGACUUAUUUCUCUGAAUGAAAAAUGUAGAAACUAACUUUUUGAUUUUUUUUUUUUUUUUUUUUUUAAAUUCAAAAUUGCUGCAGCUGGAAUGUUGGUAGAUAUUGACAGUGGCUUGGCUGUGAUUUGUCACAUCUGGGUGUUUUACUUAAAUUAUGUGAAAAAGUAAUCAUUGCAUCCUUAUUACUUCCCCAUCCCACAAAAAAGAACCAAAAAACAAAACAAAAGAAACCCCCCCCCCCGGCAUCUAUUCUCCUUGUUUUCAUUUUUUAUGAACUGAAAUACCUCAUAACAUUUAUAGUAAGUGUUUUUGUCUCAUGUUCUCAUGUAAUGUAGAUCCAAACUGUUCAGAAAGCAGUUCACUUUAAUCAGAGCCGUUUUACUACGGUUCUCCCCUAGACCUAUGAUUUUAACACUGAUCUAUUUGAGUGGGAUAAGCCUGGCCUCAUGUACAGUAUUAGACUUAAUUGUGCUGAUGUUAACAAAACAAGUAAUGAUUUAAGUGGCUACUGCAAAUGACAACUUAUUUUAGUAACUAGGAACACUAUUGGCCUUGUCUUGUAAGCUGAUCUGGCCCUCUCAAACAGUGCCCUCAGAUGCUCACCUGUGUAGUUUCACCAACUUUGUCCACUCGUGUGAUGCUCACUUAUCUCAAAUCUAGAAUUGUAUCAGGAGUUCAGGGUUUUAGAAAUGUGAGAUGUGUGAGAUAAUAGGUGUGACUAAAUGACAAUAGUCAUAUGCACUGAUCAUCUGUAUAAUCAGCUUUUUUUUUUCCAGAAAAUUGUUAUUGUAGAAAAAAAGAUUAUAAAGCUAUUUACAGAGUUACCUUUGGUUGCCUGGAAUGCAUCCUGUAUAUUCUUGUACGGAGGAAUACCUGGCAGAAGUUGAAGAGAUUUUAAACGCUUGCGCCCUCUUGUACAUAUUUAUGUACCUCGGUUAUGGCGUUUACUGUGUGACCCUUAGCAGUGGUGGUUUAUUUGUCCCCUUGCAGGGUGACCUGAGCCUCACUUUGCUGACCUUUUUCAGCUCAUAAAUAAGCUCACCGAUUUGCCUUACCCAAUCUCAUGUUGCCCCCUAAAGUACUUGUUCAAGAAAACACUAUGAGGAGUAAUGCUGCUGCCAUUACACUCUUAUAGAUUAAAACUGUCUCCAUGUUAGGGUACUUAAGCUAUCAACAAAGUGACUUUGUCCAUGUUGUCACAAGGUACAACUUUUCAACUAUCGCUGGUUUGUAUGGGCCCCCACCCACCCCCCACCGCCCCACCCCAUGUCACCUUACUGAAUUUCGGUCUUGAAAGCUUAUUUAACUUUCCACUGCAGAUGAUGUCAUACUUUUAACAAAUGCAAGUGUUUUAACAUGGUAACCUCGUAAGCAUUCAAAAUGUGCAUACAUACAUUCAUGUCUGCUAUAUUUAUGAUUACAUUCAAGAAUAGCUUUAGAGUGCUGUAGAUAAGUAUUGUCAAUGUUGAUUCAAAUGCUUCUCAGAGGCCUCUGUGAGUGAUUUUACAAAGUUCAAUAACUGUAUAUUUUGUAUUAUGUUCUAGCUCCAAAGGAAUGGCAAAAAAAGAAAAUGUUUAAAAAAGCUUUGUUCCCUGAACUAUUUGUGUUGUUGAUUGAACAAAUUGCAUUCCUUGCUUGUGAAUUGAUGCAUUUCUCUCCCUGCUCCUUCAAUUUUCUCCCCUUCUUUCCCUCUUUUCUUUCAUUUUUUAGCCUUUGAAGUUUGAAUAAAAUUUCUAGUUUGCAGAAUGUAUUACUAAAUAAAUGGGUUGUCAUCUUGUACCUCUCAUUUCAUCACUUUUUAUCUGUUUGGGCCUGUUGCACAAGUGAAACAUUCUACAAUUCUAAA